AUGGGAAUUUCGUUCAUUGGGUUGGGGGUGUCCUUGGCCAUUAUCGUCAUUUUGGCGGUCAUAAUUUACUUCUGCUGUUGUCGAAAGGAUAAACAGUCUGGCCCCAAUGUCGUGACACAUGGUCAGAAUAUCUCCUCUCAGCCUCCUGGACCUGGCUAUCCAACCGGCUUGCCUGAUCCCAGUUACCCACCGGCGCCAGUGGGAGGUGGUGCCAUCGGCUGGAAUGUCGAUCAGACCACGAGUGGCGUUGGGGCCGCUCCCUACCCCCGAGACAACGGCGCCUUGGGCUCAGGUUGGGGAAGUGAUCGUCCCACUGCUCCACCCCCUUCGUACGCCCCACCCCCUUACCCACAGUAG